AUGUCGUCCUUGACGUUGGCUAGCCACGCCGAAGCACCAAGAUCCGAAGUCAAGAAGUUCCUUGUCACCUUCAUGUAUCAAACUAUCUUACUCGACUUAUCUACUUACCGCGAUGGCACUUUAUUCAACCCUAGAACAUCUAUUCCAGACUCGGUGGCGUGGGAAGCAGCCAACCCGAAUCUCGAAGACGCUACCCCAAACUUAUGGCAACCAUCUUCAGAUCAGGCUGGGGCUUUGGUCAUCAAUGAUCGUGGGCUGGUGCAUGUCGCAGUAGAAAUCGCGCAAGGCCUCCAUAGACAAGGCGAGGACGCCGAAGGGGGAUAUACCCAACUGAUGCCUGUAAGGUUUGUCGGCCAUGGUGCAAGGGGACGAUUUGGCGAAUUGGACUCCAGUCACUUUGGAUCCCUCCCCUCUCUACACUUCUUCAGCUAA